AUGUCCGAGGAAAAAGGUACAGCUCCAAUGGAAGUCACUUCAACUUCCUCUGGCUCAAAAGAUUUGGAAAACCGCAUCGAAGAUGAUCAAGUACAUUUGGAAUUGAAACAUCAUACUAUUUCCGAAAUUGAAGCAAGUGGAGCAUGGUAUGACAAAACCAUUAAUAUAUUUGGCAAAAAACUACACUAUUCCAACGCCAUGGUUCAGAUUUGUAUGUGUGCUUUCGUUAUAUUCAUGACCCCGGGUAUGUACAAUGCCCUUACUGGUAUUGGUGCCUCCAUUUCCGACAAGCCAACUGCUGAUAAUGCCUCAGUGGCUUUGUAUUCGACAUUUGCCACUAUUGGGUUCUUUGGUGGUACUAUAUGUAACACUAUUGGUGUACGUGCAUCUUUGAUGCUUGGUGGUAUUGGGUAUGCUUUAUAUGCUGGUUCAUUAUUAUCCUUCAAUCACAAUGAAAACAAAGGAUUUGUCAUUUUUGCUGGUGCGUUUUUGGGUGUUUGUGCUGCUGUGCUUUGGUCAGCCCAAGGUUUGGUUGUCUUGAGUUAUGCUACUGAGCAAAAUAAAGGUAAAGCCAUUAUGAUUUUUUGGGUUAUUUUCAAUUUGGGUGCUGUUAUUGGAUCAAUUAUACCCUUGGCUGAUAACAUUGAAAAUAAAGGUUCAUCAGCCAAUGAUGGAACUUUUAUUGCCUUUAUUGUGUUAAUGUGUUGUGGGUCCUGUAUUGCAUUUUUCAUGUUGCCCAGUUCAAAAGUUUGGAAACUGGAUGGUACUAAAGUGGCCAGUGAUACUCACAAAUUCCCCAAUUGGAAAGAUGAAUUGAUGGACUUGUUCAAAUUGUUGAUACAUGAACCCAAGAUUCUCAUCAUGUUCCCCAUGUUUUUCGCAUCCAAUUGGUUCUACACUUAUCAAUUUAAUAAUGUUAAUCAUGGAAUGUUUAAUUUGAGAACCAGAUCUUUGAACUCGUUGCUUUAUUGGCUUGCGCAAAUGAUUGGUGCUAUAAUCUUGGGUUACAUUUUGGAUCUUAAACGAUUUUCACGUCCAACUAGAGCCAAAAUAGGCUGGACAAUCUUGUUUGUUCUUGGAUUAGCCAUUUGGGGUGGUGGUUUGAAAUUCCAAUUGGAGUUCACUAGAGAUGAAGUUGAAGCCGUUCCUCCCAAGAUCACUCCCAUGGAUUACACCGAGGGCCGUUAUAUUGGACCCAUGUUUCUUUACAUUUUUUACGGGGGAUACGAUGCCAUUUUCCAAACUUAUGUCUUGUGGACCUUAGGUGCGUUAUCAAAUAACCCCAAGAAAGUCGCCUUGUAUGCUGGGUUUUACAAGGGUAUUCAAUCAGCCGGUGCUGCUAUUGCUUGGAGAUUGGACGCUAUUGCUAUCCCAUAUAUGAACUUGUUUGCUUCGUCUUGGGCAUUGGUGCAAGGUUCGUUGGUGAUUGCUAUUCCACUCUUGUGGUUCAAGAUUACUGAUCAUACUGAUGCCAUGCAAGAUGGAUUGGAUAAUGUUGUUGGAUUAGAUGAAAUUGAAGCUGUAAAGUCAACUACUGAACAUAGAGAAUAA